AUGGCUGCCGCCGAGUCAUCGAAAACGCCAGCCAAGCGAAUCCCAAAUGACGACACAGAAAUAGCACCGUUCGCCGAGGUGGCACCAGAAGAGCCAUAUUCAAUAUUCACGACUAGUGAGAAGAAAUGGAUCAGCUAUGUUGCUUCCUUCGGCGCCAUGCUCUCCACCUUGAGCAGUUACAUUUACUUUCCAGCUUUAGUCCCUAUGGCUCUUGAUCUCAACGUCUCCGUUGCGCUCAUCAAUCUCACCGUUACCUCAUACCUGAUCAUAGCAGGUAUCGCACCAGCCUUCAUGGGCGAUAUCGCCGAUCAAGGUGGUCGAAGGCCUGCAUACAUCCUCAUGUUCACUCUCGUCGUUGCGUCAAAUAUUGGGUUGGCGCUGCAGAAUUCGUACUCUGCUUUAUUCAUUUUACGUAUGGUACAAAGCGCUGGAGCAUCUGGUUCCUACGGCGCAGCAUAUGGGAUUGUUGCAGACAUAACAACAGUCAAUGAGCGCGGGUCCUAUGUAGGAUCUAUGCUCGUUUUUACCAACGCUGCUCCAAGUUUUGGUCCGGUCAUCGCCGGGCUACUCACGGAGAAGCUCAGUUGGAGAUGGAUAUUUUGGUUUCUGGUCAUACUGACCGGUAUUUACCUACUCAUCAUCAUAACUCUUCUCCCAGAGACGCAACGCCGGGUCGUAGGAAAUGGAAGUCUGAAGACCCACGGAGUUCAUAAAAGUCUAUUUGACUUUCUUACCCGGCACCGAAAGAUCGACGCCUUUGAACAAGAUCAAGGCCUGAGAGGCGGCAAGCGGCGAUACCACAUCCCCAACCCUUUCAAGUGCAUCCCAAUGUUAUUCUCCAAAAGCAACUUGAGCGUGAUCCUGAUAGGCUCUAUAACCUAUGCCGUCAAGAUGACAUUGCAAAGCUCACUGUCAGCUCAGUGCAUUGAUGUCUACAAGUUGAAUUAUCUAGAGGCAGGACUCAUUUACCUGCCUUCAGGGGUAGGAGGUGCUUUAGCAUCUUAUACGACAGGUAAACUUCUAGACAAAAACAUCCAGAGAGUAUCCGUCACGCAAGGAAGAAACAGCCGAUAUCGCCGAGGUGACGACAUAUCGGGUUUUCCAAUCGAAGAGGCACGGCUCGCCGGGAUCUACAUGCUAGUUGCUCUAAGCUCAAUGACCACCGCAGGCUACGGAGUGAGUCUCAUGCAAGAAUCGCAUAUUGCCAUUCCUUUGGUAAUGCAAUUCAUCAGCGGCGCCACAACCUCGAGCAUAUUCACGAUUUGCGGCACCCUUCUGACGGAUUUGAACACCAAAGCAUCAGCAACAGUCCAGGCAUCGUACAAUCUUGUACGGUGCAUCGGAGCUGGUGCUGCCAUCGCGGCUCAGCAGCCCUUGGCAAACGCCACGGGCUUGGGAUGGAGCUUUGGCAUCUUUUCACUCAUCAUGUUAUUUGCCGCCCCGUUAGCCAUGUUACUCAAGAAAAGAGGUCUAGGAUGGAGGGCUUGCGCUCCACGCAACUUGAACCCCAAGUGAGAGUCAAACUAAGAAUGGGGUUAUUGUCGGAUUGGAAGUCCAAUUCGACCU